AUGAAGCGACAAUAUCAACCUGAUUUAGUGUCACAACAAAUCCUCCCCGACGAACUUAUCAUAGAAAUCAUGACCUGGCUCCCUGUGAAACCUCUUAUGCAAUUCAAGUGUGUUAACAAGUUUUUCAAAACCCGCAUCUCCAAUCCUGACUUUGUUCAAAUGCAUCUCAAUAAAUCAUCACGAAAUCCACACCUUGCACUAAUGUGGAAACAUGACUUUCACUCCAGAACCUUUGAACAAUUCAGUGUCAUAACAUUCCCCAUUUCUCUUUUGCUCCAAAACAUGUAUACCCACCUUCACUUUUCCAGACCCAACUUGAGAUCACCACAAAGGCUUGGACGAUAUGAGAAUACUACCCUUCGCUGCAAUCCUUACUACCGAUUGGACGAGAAUUACCACACAUGGUGGGUUGUUGGUUCAUGCAAUGGAUUGUUGUGCUUGAUUGAUGUUCAAUGCUUUGGAUAUAAUGAUUGGCCUCAUGAGUAUUAUUGGCUCUAUCUAUGGAACCCAGCUACAAGAACUAAAUCUAGAAGAAAUAUAUUAUCUUUCCCUAGUAAUUUUAAGUUCUCUUUUGGCUAUGAUAUUUCAAGUAAAACAUAUAAGGUGGUAGCGUUUCGUGUGGAUUUGGAUAAAGAGCGUGGUAAUGCAACAAGUGUGGUGAAAGUAUUCAACAUGGCGGAUAAUUCAUGGAGAAACAUUCAAUGUUUCCCCGUGCUUCCACUUUACUGGUUUAAGCGUGAAAAGAACAAUGGUGUGUAUUUGAAUGGUACAAUUAACUGGUUGACCCUUCGCGAUUACUUCUAUUCUGAUUAUGAAAUUGGUAAUGUUAGCAAUAUUAGUGUUGCGCAAUAUGGGAUUGUUUCACUUGAUCUCUCAACUGAGUCAUACACUGAAUUGUUGCUUCCCCGGGGUUUUGACAAGGUGUCUCGUGUUCAGCCAACGCUUGUGGGUUUGAUCAAUUGUCUUUGCUUUUGUCAUGAUUUCAAGGGAAGCCAUCUUGUUUUAUGGAAAAUGACAGAUUUUGGAGUUCAAGAGUCUUGGAUUCAGUUGCUUAACAUUAGUUAUGAGAAUUUCCAUUCAAGCGAAUAUUUAUUGAAAUUUGAAACGAUGGAGUUAUUGCCAUUGUACCUUUCUAAGAAUGCGGAAACAUUGAUAUUUGCAAAUGAUGAAAACGACACAACAUUUAUCUAUAAUUGCAGAGACAAUAGAGGCGAGCAAAUUAGAAUUACUAAUAAAAUAUGGUGGUUAUGGGCCAAGGAUUACGUUGAAAGUUUGGUUCCAACUCGAUGA